AUGUCACGUCCAGAGCAUGUAGCUCCACCAGAAAUUUACUAUGAUGAAAGCGAGUCAAGAAAAUAUUCACAAAACUCACGUAUUAUAGAUAUUCAAAGUCAAAUGGCAGAAAGAGCCUAUGAAUUAUUAUCAUUGUCUGAUGAUAAAGAGGGAUUACUUAUAUUGGAUAUAGGAUGUGGUUCUGGAAUUAGUGGUGAUGUACUUAGUGAUCAUGGACAUCAAUGGAUUGGAUGUGAUAUCUCAAAGGAUAUGUUGAACGUUUCAGUGGAAAGAGAGGUGGUUGGUGAUGUUAUGCUCAGAGAUAUGGGUCAAGGUUUCCCUUUUAGAGCUGGUUCUUUUGAUGCUGCCAUAAGUAUCUCUGCUAUUCAAUGGUUAUGUAAUGCAGAGAAAUCACAUCAUAACCCAAGAAAGAGACUAUUGGUAUUCUUUCAAUCAUUGUUUCAAAUUUUGACAAGAGGUGGAAAAGCUGUCUUACAAUUCUAUCCAGAGAGUUCUGCUCAAAUCGAGAUGAUCACUGCUGCUGCACUUCGUUGUGGUUUCACUGGAGGUCUAUUGGUUGAUUAUCCAAAUUCUUCAAAAGCAAAAAAAUAUUUCUUGGUAUUAUUCACAGGUAGUACAGGAAGUCAAUCAAUGCCAAAAGCUAAAGGUGUUGAUUCAAAUUCAAUUGAAGAUGGUGGACAAACACAAGUGAAAUAUUUAGUCAACAGCUAA